UUGCCCAAGCCCAGUCUGCCUGUGUUCUAUCAUGGGUUCUAUAAACAGAUAAGAAAACACACUCAGCAAUGCACAGUGAACUGGGCCGGCAUUGCAGUACAUGCACAGAUUGGAUUUUCCCAGAAGCUAAUAAUAGCACGGGGGUGCAGAGUUCAUUCUGUGCUGCCAUUUACAUGUACAACACAACUGCCGCCCCAUUAGUGUGUCUUAUGUUCCUGCCUGGUUUGACCGACUCCAUUGCAGUUUGUCAGCAUUCCAACCCAGACCUUGCAAUCGGAAGUAACUAACCCUCACCACUGGGCCACGAGUCCCUACCCAAGGGAUUGCAGAAUAUUUUACUGAGGCAUCUCAGAGGAGCUGAAUUCUGGACUUUUAUCAAGUUCAUAAUUUAAGGCCAUCAUGGCAUCCGAGUCUGACUUGGGCAGCGAUGUAUGUGAUAGCGCCAGCCUGCUUGAUUGCGCAGUGUGCUUUGAAAGAUACGGCAACAAUAGAAAACCCAAGCUGCUGCCUUGUGAGCACACAUAUUGCCACGUCUGUCUCCACCAGAUGCGAAUGAACAAUGUGAUCAAGUGUCCUGACUGUCGUGAAGAACAUCUGGUUCCACCUGGCGGGGUGACAGAAUUCCGCCCUAACUUGACCAUGAUCAAAUUCCUGGAGCAAGAUAACAUGAAAAGACGCAAGCAAGCUGCAAAGGCGAAGUCACAGGAUCCUAGCCCUCGUGAAUGGCAUCCCCAUGCAUCAAAACGCUCUACCGGUGUGUCCAAAGAGAUCCAGGACCUCCUUUCAACCUUGAGGGUUUCUAUCAAAGAAGUUCAUCAGUCUUCAGGUGCAGUGUUUGGAGACACCAUCAAUAAAAUCCAGGGCGAGCGAGCGGCACUUUCCAACAAAUACGAGGCCACAAAGAGCACAAUUAAGAGAAGAUUAGAGGCAAUUGCAAAAGCAGCCAAUCAAAGAAAGGAAGAGCUCUUGAAUGAGCUGGAAAAAUCUUACAAGGACAGCAGAGCCCUGCUGACAGCUCAGGAGGAUGAGUACAAACAUGAGAAGGUUCUAUAUGAGGGAUUCUGCAAAGAGCUCAGCACAACCGUGGAAGAGUUUCGGAAGACUGGUGAAGCUCCUACAACUAUUGAUGAGUUGGAAAGGCAUAUCCAUGAGGCUCAGUCCAAGGCUAGAAGUUUACACCCGGGGAAGGAGAUAUCAGCCGAGAGAUUAGUCUUCAAUGAUGACCACUGCGAGAAUAUACUCAGUGAUGUCAAGGCCUGGGGCAACCUCAACACGGAGCUAUGCUCCUUUAGGAUCCCUCAUCCCUCCUUCCCUGAAGUGGACCCUGGUUCCCCUGCCUCUGACGCAGCUGUGGGGAGUCCGGUGUACCACUACACCAACAAGGGGGAGGCAGUGCGCACCUAUGGCAAUGAGCCCGAUGCUCGCUUAAACAGCCCAAGCUGUGUUGCCGAGCUACCAAACGGGGACAUCGCCGUGGGAUCUGCAAUGUCCUACGACAUCAGCAUCUUUACAUCCCCACAUCACAAGAGGUCUUUUCGUGUUGGUUCUCCUGAAGUGUGCCAAUUCAAUGAUGGAAUUACAGGGAUUUGUAUGAGCCCAACGGGGAGGCUGUAUGUGAGUAGCCCCGAUAUGAAUGCCAUAUUUUCCUCAACUUUGGAUGGCAAGACGUACUACCAGCUACAAACUGUCGCUGCUGAUUCUGAGUUCUCCCCGAGGGGUAUGGCCUGCACCCCCAGUGGAGAGCUCUAUGUCAGCGACUGGGCCAACCACGUGGUUCGCGUCUUUGACAUGAGCUGCGAGAUCUGGCAAUUUGGAAGGCGAGGUUCCAAGCCGGGAGAGUUUAAACGGCCUAGUGGCGUGGCUCUGACGCCUGAUGGGGAGGUGAUAGUUGCAGAUUGCUACAACCACAGAAUACAGGUGUUUGAUGGCAGAACUGGACAGUUCCUGAGGUUAUUUGGCAAGGAAGGCUCUGCCAUGGGCGAUCUGAAAAGGCCAGGUGGUGUUGCUGUUGAUGUCAAGGGUUAUAUUGCUGUGUCUGAGCGCCUCAACAACAGAGUGCAACUGUUCACCCCAAAAGGACAACCCUUUAAGCUGCUGAGCGGGCAAGGGCAGGACCAGCUCAACUAUCCCUUGGGCGUGGCCUUCUCCAGAGACAACGAGAUACUUGUGUGUGACAGUAGAAAUGACAGACUGCAGGUGUUCUGAAACAUUCGGCUUCACAAAUAUGAGUCUGAAGCCGAAACCAGCCAGGCAGUAGUCGCAAGAACUAUAAUGUGUAAGACUUAGCUGGUAACCUGUUUUUGCUCAGCAAAUAUUUUCUGUACUUAGCAAAUGCUUGUGAUUGGAAGAUCAAUGAAAUUGGACCCAGGUCAUGUAUAUGUAGAUCCUUAACCCUAACCCCCUAGGAACCACUGAAAUCAUGCAUAUUCUUGUUGGAUUCAGCAUGGUUUGGGUUAAUAUUUUCAAUUAAAUUAAUUCAAGAAUGACAAUCGCUUUGUUAGGGAUGUAAAACAGUUUGAUUGUUUUCGAAGGGCAACUGAAACUUGCACAAAAUGGCUCAGUUGUUUGAGACCUGUAGGGUUUAUGAAGAAUACCGGUAUAUUAAAGAGACUGAAUCUACAUUUCUAAUUGCUGUACAGGCAAAUAUGUAGAGUAUAUAUAAGACUUUUCAACCAAAAUUUGAAUGUUUGAUUGCUAUGGAAAUAAAACUAUGUUAGUAAGGUCAGAGAU